AUGCCGAAUACUCGAUCCACCUCCGAUGCCCACUCCUCUAGCAUCGACCAGCUAACCGCCGUCUUAGGCAACCUUCUCACACGCACAUCUCCAGUGGCCCUGGAUUCCCUUAGACCCCCAAUAUACGAGGUCGGCGACAGCUUCUCGGACUGGCGAGUUCAGGCCGAACGCUACCUGGUACAUUUACCGGCCGACCAACGAAUGGACCAUAUUACGGGUCUAUUGGGUCCAACCGCCAAAAGACGCCUCAAUUAUCUGUGCGUCUCACCCCCUACAACCAUCAGCAACCUAUGGGCGACGCUGGAAAGCCUUUUCGGUGCCCAGGAACCCCUCAUCGCCCUUCACAACCAAUUUUGCCUUCGCACACAACUGCCCGGGGAAAAUGCGGACUCCUACCUAGACGCCCUCUUCAGUCUCGGUAGCAGGGUCUUCCCAGACUCCCAAGUCUCCGACCAGGUCUUCUUACGAUUCGUGGGCGGUCUCCGUUCAGAAGACAUCAAACGGGAGUUUCGCAUCCGACCCCCUGCAAACCUCCUCACAGCCCUACAAACGACAAGGAUAUUCGAGUCCGCCCCACCACAACAAGAACCUCGCCGUGCUCCCAGCAGUCCCCAGGGGCAACUCAGAGUAUCCGAUCGAAGACCGUCUUUCUCUCGUGCGACCAACAACACGAACGACUGCUGGUACUGCCAGCAGUUCAAGGAUCGUGCUCGCAAGUGCGGUCACAACAACCCUGCCGGUAAGACUCCUCCUACUAUCUUGCCCCCUAUUUCCUCCUCGCUACCCACAGAUCUCCCGCUGACAGUCACUGGCACACUUGAUGGAACCCCCGCCACCAUUCUUAUUGACACUGGCGCCAUCCGGUCUGUGUUGCGGUCUCCCCAUAUUCCCAUUACACACUCCCCUCCUUCAGACAUUCAGUUAGUCACAGCUGAUGGUUCACCCCUGCGUUGCACUGGCACACGGCAAGUAUCCAUUGUCCUCCCCAUCUGCACUGCCGUACAUCCCAUGCUAGUCUCCCCGGACAUUAGAGUUGACGCCAUUGUCGGGUUAGACAUUCUCCGCGCUCACCAGCUUAUCAUCGACCCCAACAACCCGGCCGCAGUUCUGUUUUACAUAUCAGCCAUCUCCAACAUCUCCGUGGAUUUCAGUACGCUAGACACUACCCCACCAAAUGAACCGACGUCCAUUGACGAUCUGUUGACCCGUCAAGAAAUCCCCGUCACCUACCUCCGUCGCCUAAAGGAUACCCUUCUCCCAUUCCAGAGCGUGUUCACCUGGGCUGGACAACCGAUCGGGGGCACUGGACUGUUUCAGCAUGCCAUAAACACUGGUGCCGCCGCACCACAACGGCAACCCGCUCGCCGAAUACCCAUCCAUUACCAAACGGAGCUUAACAGCAUAAUUUCAGACCUCCUUGCGCAGGGCAUCAUUGAACCCUCCAACUCCCCAUGGGCUGCCCCGGUUACGCUUGUUAAGAAUAAGGACGAACACCUACGGCUAUGCAUCGACUAUCGCCAGUUGAACAAAGUCACCGUGCGCGACUCGUUUCCGAUCCCGCGUAUUGAUGACACUAUCGACGCAUUAGUCGGUGCGUCUUGGUUCGCCAGCCUCGACCUCUCUCAUAGUUACUGGCAUAUAGAGGUCCGACCGUAG